CAUGGUAAAUCUGCCCCCCUCCCCCAGCCUGUGCUGAAAAGGGACCUGCUGCUGCUCAGCAGCCCCAGCAGAGAGAGGAAGCCAACACUGCCUGCACCCAGAGCACAGCAUGAGUGUCCCCAGGGUGCUGCACGCCGUGGCUCUGCUCCUCCUGCAAGGGGGGUUUCCAGGGGCUGCCAGUGUGACUCUGAAGGAAGGAGAAGACCUGAAUCUUCGCUGCACCUUCAGCACCCUCAGCAGCACCAACAGCUCUGCCCUGCAGUGGUUAAACCCCCGCGGUUUCACCAUUUUCCUGAACGGCCAGCAGGUUUUAAGAGACAAGAGGUACAAACUCAUCCGUUAUUCCAAGGGUGAAUUAUCCAUCCAGCUGUCCCAGGUCACGGUGCACGACGAGGGCUCCUACAAAUGCUUCUACUACGGCAGCCCCUUCCAAAGCAAGGCCCAGCCUGUUGAGGUGUUGGCUGCUCCUUCUAACCCAGCACUGGAAGCGUCCCAAGACACAGAAAGGGGCAUUACACUGUCUUGCCACACCCAAGGAUGCAAACCCCAGCCCCGGGUCAGCUGGCUGCUGGACAACGGGAUGGAGCUCCCAGGUGACACCAAACACAAGCUGGGAGCUGAUGGGAAGAAAUGGAGCACAACCAGCACGUUGACAGUCCUCUCCCACGGGCCCAAUGCCACAGCCAGCUGCAUCAUCCAUCACCCAGCCCUGAGGGAAGAGAGACUGAUGGCAUCUUUCCACUUCCAGGACCUCCCCAGGACGGGAUCCAACCAACCAACCAGCCCUCCUGCAGCACCAGAGGCUCCAGCAGGUACCAGCUCAGCACCAACCCAGCAAAACCUCCCAGCAGAUGUCACAUCUGAUUGGCUUGAAGGAUCAUCAGCUUCGUCAGGAGAUGAAGAACUGGGAGGUUCAUCAGGUUAUGGUGACCCCAAUGGGACUGAGGCAGCACCCAAAGGAAAUGUCACAACAGAGGAACUUCCCAGGACAGAAGCCCCACUGCCACGUGAAAAUGCAACUGUGAUUUCCAUCUUCACUCUUGGGCAAGAUCCCAAAUCCAAAGGCGUCAUAAAGAAGGAGAAGAACCUCUUGCUGCCAGUCCUGGUGGCUGCCCUGAUUUUCGUGCUGCUCAUCAUUGUCCUGCUUUUCAUGAUGAAGCUGAAGAAAGCUCACGGAGUGUGGAAGAGAGAAAAUGAUGUUUCAGAGCAGACACUGGAGAGUUAUAAAUCCAGAUCUAAUGAAGACAGUCCAGGCCACGAGAAGAAUGGACAAGUUGCCAAUCACAAGCCCAACCUGCAAUAUGUAACAGAGGGAUAUGGGGAAACCACCCCCAAGAAUCCAAGUGACAAAACCACUGCAAUAAGUGAGAAAAUGUUUGCAUGUGGAAAGGAAACAGAUGUGUAGCGAUGGGAAACCUGUACCACGGGCAGAAACAGCCCUUUUUCCUCAUGUCAGAGAUCUCAGGUAUCAAGAUUUCAAGGAGCAGGAGCAGCAGCAGCUGCUCUCCAUCCAAAAACCAACUGGGACUGCUUCAGGACAGGUAGAUGGGACUGAUGCUCCUGUCAGCAAUGGGCUGGUUCACCCGUAAUCCUCGGAGGAUUUCAUUAUCCACUGCCAGAAAUCGAGCUCAGCAAUCCCACCCCAGAUCCCACCAGCAAUGGGGGUCCUCUGGAGAUAUUCAGUCCUGUACAAGGACAACAUUUCUCACCUGCACAAGGAUAACAUCCCUCCCUGCUCUGCAUAACAUCACCACUUACAGUCUCCCACAUCACCCUAAACUUCCAGGGGUGUUACAGAGAAGAUGGAUGUCCUUUAAGGUCCCUUCCAACCUAAACCACUUUAUGAUUUGAUGAUUCUAUGAACGUGAAGGGGAUGCAGGAUGUCACCCACGGGACCCCUCCAAAGCCAGGAAUGAAGUCGCUUCCCUGCCAGCAGGCAAGGUGGGAGCUUCGCCAGGACUUCACACCCGCAGAGCUCUGCCACAGCAUCGCCUUUUCUGUCGCAGAA